GGAGUCGUUCUAUUUCAACCCCCACCAGUUUAAACCCUAAAUCUCAGAGAUUUGAUUCCGCCUAUUACACGCACACCGCACAUCGAAUCAAUCGAAAUCGCCGAGAAAUGGGAGUGUUUACGUUUGUCUGCAAAGGAUCCGGCGCCGAUUGGACGGCGAAGCAGCUCAAUGGCGAGCUCGAGGCUUCAGCCAGCUCCACCUUCGAACUCCAGCGUAAGCUUGUUCAGGCCGCCGUCUCUUCCGAUUCCUCCGGCGGCGCCCAGUCUUCGUUCUCCUACGUCACUCCUUCGUCAGCCGUUUUCCAGGUGAUCAUUGGUGGUGGCGGAGGAGGUGGUGCCUUCGUCGGAGGUGGUGGUGCUGCUGCUGCACCGGCUGCAUCUGGUGGUGGUGCGGCUGCUGAAGCACCUGCAGCUGAGGAGAAGAAGGAAGAGAAGGAGGAGAGUGACGACGAUAUGGGAUUCUCACUUUUUGACUAGGUUCAUCGUUUACCGCGUUCUAUAGCAAGAUUUGUUGCUUAUUUCUCAUUCGAGGUUUUGAUAUUAUUACUGGAUUGUUGAUUUUUGAGUUUACGGCUUCAAUGAAUUUAACCACGUUGCUAUUAUUAGUGUUCGUAUCUCCGU